CAGGGGUUAAGAGUAAAGAAUGUCUUUUUAAAUAUAUAAGUUUGUUGAAUAUUUCAUAAAAAAUGUUAACAAAAUUUGAAACAAAAUCUGCUCGUGUAAAAGGAUUAUCAUUUCAUCCAAAACGCCCUUGGGUACUUGCAAGUUUACACAAUGGUGUUAUACAAUUAUGGGACUAUCGUAUGUGUACUUUAUUAGACAAAUUUGAUGAACAUGAUGGUCCUGUCCGUGGAAUCUGCUUUCAUAACCAGCAACCAUUAUUUGUAUCUGGUGGUGAUGACUACAAAAUUAAAAUGUGGAAUUAUAAACAAAGAAGAUGUAUUUUCACAUUAUUAGGUCAUUUAGAUUAUAUUAGAACAAUUUUAUUUCAUCAAGAAUAUCCAUGGAUUUUAAGUGCAUCAGAUGAUCAAACAAUUCGUAUAUGGAAUUGGCAGAGUCGUACUUGUAUUUGUGUCUUGACUGGACACAAUCAUUAUGUUAUGUGUGCACAAUUUCAUCCUACUGAAGACAUUAUUGUAUCAGCUUCUUUAGAUCAAACUGUCAGAGUAUGGGAUAUUUCUGGAUUAAGAAAGAAAAAUGUAGCUCCUGGUCCAGGAGGUCUAGAAGAUCACUUAAAAAAUCCUGGUGCUACAGAUUUAUUUGGUCAAGCUGAUGCUGUUGUAAAACAUGUUUUAGAAGGACAUGAUAGAGGUGUUAAUUGGGCAUGUUUCCAUCCCACUUUGCCUCUAAUUGCUUCUGGAGCUGAUGAUAGAAUAAUUAAAAUGUGGAGAAUGAAUGAUGCUAAAGCAUGGGAAGUUGAUACUUGUCGUGGACAUUAUAACAAUGUCUCAUGUGUUUUAUUCCAUCCUAGACAAGAUUUAAUACUUUCAAAUUCAGAAGAUAAAAGUAUUCGCGUUUGGGACAUGUCCAAACGUUCUUGUUUGCACACAUUUAGAAGAGAACAUGAAAGAUUUUGGGUUCUUGCAGCACAUCCUACUUUGAAUCUUUUUGCUGCUGGACAUGAUGCUGGAAUGAUAAUUUUCAAACUUGAAAGAGAACGACCAGCAUAUUCUGUAUACGGAAAUCUUCUUUAUUAUGUUAAAGAACGUUUCCUUAGAAAAUUGGAUUUUACCACUUCAAAAGAUACAUCUGUUAUGCAAAUACGUGGAGGUGGAAAAACACCUCCUUAUAGCAUGUCAUAUAAUCAAGCUGAGAAUGCUGUUUUAAUUUGUACAAGAUUUCCUAAUAAUAUUGAAAAUAGCACUUAUGAUUUAUAUAUGAUACCACGUGAAGGUGAUUCAAACACUGAUGCCGAUACAAAACGCGCUUCAGGCGUUACCGCUAUUUGGGUUGCUAGAAAUCGCUUUGCUGUAUUAGAUAGAGCAUAUUCAUUAGUAAUCAAGAAUUUGAAAAACGAAGUUACGAAAAAGGUACAGAUUCCAAACUGCGAUGAAAUAUUCUAUGCUGGCACAGGAAUGCUUCUUUUACGCGAUGCUGAUCAAGUAACACUUUUCGAUGUCCAACAAAAGAGAACAUUAGCAGAAGUCAAAAUCUCUAAAUGCAGAUAUGUCGUUUGGUCUAGCGACAUGUCUCAUGUUGCUUUACUAGCGAAACAUACAGUUAACAUUUGUAAUCGACGAUUAGAAUCCCUAUGCUCCGUGCAUGAAAAUACUCGAGUGAAAUCUGGAGCUUGGGAUGAUUCAGGAGUAUUUAUUUACACUACUAGCAAUCAUAUUAAAUACGCAAUAAACAACGGUGAUCAUGGCAUCAUCCGUACAUUAGAUCUUCCGAUAUACGUAACGAGAGUUAAAGGGAACCAGGUUUAUUGUUUAGACAGAGAAUGCAGACCAAGAAUCCUUCGUAUAGAUCCAACUGAAUAUAAAUUUAAAUUGGCAUUGAUUAAUCGAAAGUAUGAGGAAGUUUUGCAUAUGGUUCGUAAUGCAAAUCUCGUUGGUCAAUCUAUAAUUGCAUAUUUGCAACAGAAAGGAUAUCCUGAAGUUGCUUUGCACUUUGUUAAAGAUGAGAAAACUAGAUUCGGUCUUGCACUGGAAUGCGGAAAUAUUGAAGUCGCUUUAGAAGCAGCGAGAUCUCUUGAUCAGAAGUCCUGUUGGGAAAGUUUGGCUCAAGCUGCCUUAUUGCAAGGCAAUCAUCAAGUUGUAGAAAUGUGUUAUCAGAGAACGAAGAAUUUCGAAAAAUUAUCGUUCCUUUAUCUCAUUACUGGUAACUUGGAAAAAUUACGUAAAAUGAUAAAAAUUGCAGAAAUUAGAAAAGAUGUUUCUGGGCAAUACCAGGGUAGCUUGUUGCUCGGCGAUAUUUGUGAACGCGCAAAAAUAUUACGGAAUUCUGGCCAAGCUUCUUUGGCUUAUGUAACUGAAAAAAUCCACGGUAUCUCGUCUGAAGAAGAUGAUAUUCAAUAUAGUUCUAUGAGUGAAGAACUUUCUGCCCUUGAAAAGGGAGCAGAAUAUCUCCAACCUCCAGUACCAAUCCAACAAGCGGAAAACAACUGGCCAUUGUUAACAGUAUCGAAAGGUUUCUUCGAAGGUGCUAUGAUGUCACGAGGAAAGAGUCAAGUGGCUGCUGCUCUAGCUCCUGAAGAAGAUAACGCUGUCCCUGCCGAAGGAUGGGGCAAUGACGAAUUAGAAAUGGACGAUGAAGAAGGUGUUGAAACUGAAAAUGCCCCUGAAGGUGAAGAAAGCGCUGGAUGGGAUGUUGAAGAUGUAGAUCUACCACCGGAACUUGAUACUCCAGUCACUGCGGUAGAAGAUGGUUACUAUUCUCCACCAACGAAAGGAGUAUUACCUACGCAACAUUGGGUGAACAAUUCUCAGCUAGUUGUAGAUCAUGUACUGGCUGGAUCAUUCGAAACUGCAUUUAGAUUAUUGAACGAUCAAGUUGGUGUGGUUGAAUUUGAAGCAUAUCAAAAUCUUUUCAUGAAUACUUUCUCUCGAUCUAGAACAUCGUUUGCUUCAUUACCGAAUAUACCUUCGAUGUAUGGAUAUCCUCAAAGAAAUUGGAAAGAUACAAGUCCAAAAAGCGGUCUGCCUGCAGUUGGAUUGCAUCUUAGCGAUUUAGUUCAGCGACUUCAAGUAUGCUAUCAUUUGACAACGGGUGGAAAGUUCCCAGAAGCAAUAGAAAAGCUUCAAGCUAUUUUACUCAGUGUACCAUUACUAGUUGUUGAUACGAGACAAGACAUUGUAGAAGCACAACAGUUGAUUCAGAUUUGCAGAGAAUACAUCUUAGGUUUGAAGAUGGAAACUGAAAGGAAGAAUCUACCUAAAGCUACUCUGGCUGAGCAAAAACGAAUUUGUGAAAUGGCAGCAUACUUUACACAUUGUAGUUUGCAACCUGUUCAUCAGAUUCUUACAUUAAGGAUAGCUGUAAAUAUGUUCUUCAAGUUGAAGAAUUAUAAAACCGCUGCUUCUUUUGCAAGAAGAUUACUUGAAUUAGGACCUAAACCAGAAUUAGCACAGCAAGUUAGGAAGAUUUUGCAGGCAUGUGAUAAAAAUCCAGUGGAUGAACAUCAGUUGGCAUAUGAUGAACACAAUCCAUUUUCAUUAUGUGCAAGCACAUUUGUUCCAAUUUACAGAGGAAAGCCGGAAGUCAAGUGUCCAUUAUGUGGUGCAACAUACUUACCGCAAUUUAAAGAUACAGUAUGUAAAGUCUGCGAAGUUGCAUUAAUUGGCAAACAAUGUAUUGGUUUAAGGAUAAGUCCUGUUCAAUUCCGAUAA